GGAGAGUAGGGUGCUGUGGUCGGAGCUGGAGGGCGAAGCCGGUGGAGUGAGAGGAUGGGCGUAUGCAGGUGAUAGACUAGAGACCAAGACUUCUGUCUCCGUAGCAUCCUGGAGCAGUCUGAAUGCCAGAAUGGAUAACCGUUUUGCUACAGCGUUUGUGAUUGCUUGUGUGCUUAGCCUCAUUUCCACCAUCUACAUGGCAGCCUCCAUAGGCACAGACUUCUGGUAUGAAUAUCACAGUCCGAUUCAAGAAAAUUCAAGUGAUUCGAAUAAAGUAGCCUGGGAUGACUUCCUUGGUGAUGAGGCAGAUGAAAAGACUUACAAUGAUGCCCUGUUCCGAUAUAACGGCACGAUGGGACUGUGGAGACGGUGUAUCACGGUACCCAAAAACACGUACUGGUAUGCUCCACCAGAAAGGACAGAGUCAUUUGACGUGGUUACAAAAUGCAUGAGUUUCACACUAAAUGAACAGUUCAUGGAGAAAUAUGUUGAUCCUGGGAAUCACAAUAGUGGAAUUGAUCUGCUUCGGACCUAUCUUUGGCGUUGCCAGUUUCUUUUACCUUUUGUUAGCUUGGGUUUGAUGUGCUUCGGGGCUCUGAUUGGACUUUGUGCCUGUAUCUGCCGCAGCCUGUAUCCCACCAUUGCCACGGGCAUCUUCCAUCUCCUUGCAGGUUUGUGUACACUGGGCACUGUGAGUUGUUAUGUUGCUGGCAUUGAACUACUCCACCAGAAACUAGGGCUGCCUGAGAAUGUAUCCGGAGAAUUUGGAUGGUCCUUCUGCCUGGCCUGCGUCUCGGCUCCCUUACAGUUCAUGGCAUCUGCUCUCUUCAUCUGGGCUGCGCACACCAACCGGAAAGAGUACACCUUAAUGAAGGCCUAUCGUGUGGCAUGAAUGGGAAGCAGCCUGCUUGAUGAUUUUUAAUAAUUUUUUUACUAUUGAAGUUUUCCCUUGCCGUCCUCUCAAUUGUCUUUAAAUUUUAUUUUUGUGGAUAUGACAUUUUAUCCUAAAAGUCCCUUUUGUUUAUAUACGCCACUAAAUGCACAGUAAAUACCACUUAAAAUAUGUGUGGCUUCCUUUGAGUAAGUCAGUCUUUUCACCAGACUGUUCAGACAGAACUGUAGAGAUGCAACCUAGCUUUGUGAAGGAGCAUUGGCAAUGGAAAACAGACCUAGCACUGGGCCUGCUGAUGUCUGCUAAGUCCAGUAGUGUAGGAACUGUGUUGACUAGAAACUAAUUUCUCUGUGAGAUCUGUUAUCUCUGUUGAAACUUCAUGUUUACUUUCCUGUUGUUGAUACCAGUCAGCUAGCAGAACCAGUGUUCCGAAAGAUUCGUGAACAUAAAAUUGGGAAAUUAUUUUUAGCAUCCUUGUCCUGAAACUUUGGUACAUUGCUUCAUCUGAGAUAAAAUAUGGCAGCUGUUUAUACUGUGAUUGUCUACAAGAAAAAAAAGUGAAAAAUGAUGUUUACUUGAAAUUGUAGCUUUUAACUGCAAAAUUUCAAUUCAAUGAAAAAAGCUGUUUAAUCUUGCUAUAUUAUACUUUCUUUUUUUGAAAAAAAAAAUCUGAAAUUCAUUAGGAUUUCAGUGUCACCAAACCAUUGUAAAAUUUUGCUGCUUCCCCUCCACACACCAGGCUUAUUAAAGAGAACUUUCUUUUUAACAGAGAAGAAUCACAGUCAAUUCCCCAACUGCUUUUUUUUCAGCUAAGUACUAUAUGGGAGGUCCUACCAAUAGGGACCCCCAGAGCUGGGGGUCCCACCACCACAAGACCUAACGCUCUGGCUACCCACUGACUUCCAACUGUGGUCUUUAUUUCUUGUGGUGGAAUCAUGUGCCUUUCCUUGCCCAGAUUCCUUCCUGGUGUGUACCAACACUAUCUAAUGUCUUCUGAUUCAGUCAUUUUUAUAAUAUGUCUGUAAACAUUGAACUUUAAAAAUCUUAUUUAUUUACUCCAUUAUUGUAGCAUUUCACAGAUUUAAAAAAAAUGUAACUCAGUAAUUUCUUACCAAAUCCUAAAUCUGUCUUUUUUUUAAAAAAUAAAAAAAAGAAAAUCGUGUA